AUGUUGUCUCGUUUGCUAGGUGUUAGUCAACCUUUUCAUGGUGAAAUCCCAGGAAAAGCGCAAGAAUGCUGUACAUCUUUUCUUUUUGAUUCACGAAAGUCACCUGGGUUUGACAGAAUAAUGCUGUGCGGGCCUCCAGCGAGCGGGAAAACAUCACUUCUUUUCGAGCUUGCGCUGAGCUUCGCAGAGGAAGAAAAACAUGUGCUCUACAUAUGUCCUAAAAAGCUUUCUAAACUUCCACUGCUUGCUAAUGGAAGAACUCAGCCUUCAAGUGAAACGCUGAGGUUUAUACAAAUGGUAUACUUGGAAACAAAAGAGGACUAUUUGAAUUACAUGGCGUCAAUUCAUUUCUCCACAUCUCGAAAGUUUAGCUCGAUAAUUGUCGAUGACCUUAGUACUUAUCUUCCUGCGUCAAUCAGGAAUGAGGAUUUGUCAUCCGUUGCUAAGCUGUUUGCAUUGACAGUCGAUGCCUUUGUCUUUCAAAGAUCAAAACACGUGUAAGUAAAUGUCCCUGGGGGGGAGGGGUACUCCAGGGAAUUCUUGGUGGGGAUGUGCCGCCGGUUUCUCCAAAUCCUGACCCUAUUUCAGACCAAAAAAUGACAUUUUCCACACCUGUUUUUAGAUGUAGCAUUUAAAACCCAUUCUGUUUUCAGACCUGGUAGGGCGAUCCCCCAGAAAAUCACUAUGCAGUGGAUAUGAAUUGGGAAAACCAAUAUUCCUGAAUAUUAUCACACUAUCCGCUGGAUAGAAAUUUAUCUACUAGAUAGCAUUAUAAAAACUGGGGCCUGAAGAAAUUGAUAUGGUUUCAUUGUAGUACUCAACCCUCUGACGAACCAUCUGGUAUGCUGGUGAUGUCAACCAAAGUUCCAAAUGGCACCAAGUCUGUUCCAAGACAGUCGUUUUAUGAACGGUGGAUACAAUGUUUUCUUCUAAUCCAAAAAAAGGAAAAUGAGCUAUUGGAACUGUCAGUAUUACCCUCAAAUGCUAAAGAUGGUGCAUCACUGGCAGUAGUUGUCUUCAAGUUAACUGAUCAGAGCUUUCUUGUUCAAGAGAUUGAACAGUUGUCACAAUCUAAAAGUGUUUCCUUAACACAAUGA